UGAACUGUCCUCCGCGAGCGUGUGUGUGUGUAUGUUUUGUUUUUUCUCUUACUGCAGAUCGAAAAUAACCGAAAAUGAAACCAAUAUGCCCUUACCUUUCACUUUCGCAUUCUGUUACAAUGCGUUGCGAUGCGCUGCUAUCUGCGCUGAUGUCUCGGGAUGGAAGAGGUUGCAGAGGAGGCGGAUGUCCUCACGGUGGUAGCUGAAGUGCGCUCGAGGCUGGUCGAGGUCCUGUACAGAAAUCCAGACCCGGGACUUGAGUCUUUAUUGCAACUGGCGGGACCUGCAGCUUCUGAGCGGCUUCGGCGCGUGACAGACAGGAGAGAGCGCAUUUCCCUGCUGGUGGAUCAUUUUAGAAGCACGCGACCAGAAUGUGCCCGGUUUGUACACAUCGCAUCAAUGCAAUGCGAACUGCCCCUGGACUUGGAAUCUCGGCUGCUCUCUGCAGCUGGUUGCCAUGCAAAUGAGGAGACCCCAGACCAUGCCGAUCCUGAGCGCAUCAUUGACCAACCAGAUGAGCAUGUUCCCCAGCACCCUGGCAAACGGCUGAGAAGAGACUAUGUGGAAAGCUACAGCACUGCAGUAAAGACCACGCUGCUGCAGAAGUAUGAGAGGGUGACCAAGGGUGUGGCCAGGGAGGUACGGCUGGACAGGGCCAGGGUCAUCCUGCAGCACAGGACCACGUCCAGACAGAGGGAGAGAUUGAAGUCUCUGUCUCUUGACAGUGAGGACAGUUCCACAGAGGAUGUGGUGACAGUACAGUCCCUACUCAGCUCCCUCUCCAAAUCUCCCCUGACUGUGCUGCUGGGUCCAGCCGGGUCAGGGAAGACUGUGUUGAUGCACUGUGUGGGCCAGCAAUGGGCCCGUGGGGAACUCCCGGACUUCCACUUGCUCUUCCUGCUGGAGUUCCGUCAGCUCAAUUUGGUCACACGGAAGCUGACGCUGAUAGAGCUGCUCUUCCACUUCUUCCCUUGGUCUGAUGACACCUGCAGCCACACGCACAGAGAGGAGGAGGAGGAGGCACGUAAGGCAGUGCUGGCCUACAUGCAGGCUAACCCUGAGAAGGUCUGUGUGAUCUUUGAUGGUUACGACGAGUUCCGCUCGAAGUUCACCCGCUGGAAGACGGAUGCCAGUUGGGACCCCUGGCGUACGCUGUUGGUCCUGGAACUUUUCUCGGGGCUGUGCGGCGGGAGGAUCCUCCGUGGCUGCUCGGUGCUGGUGACCUGCAGGCCCCGGAACACAGUGGACCUUCCGGAAAGGGCCAUGGAAGGCGAGCUGCUAGGGUUCGACCGACAGCAGGUCAAGGAGUACGCCGAGCAGUACUUCCAGGGCAAAGGUCACAAGGAGGACUCGGUACGCCACCUCCUGGCCAGUCAUCAUAUCCUCACCAUGUGCUAUGUGCCGGCGCUCUGCCACCUGUGCUGCGUCUGCCUUGACCACCACUUUUCCCAGGGGCCCCACUCUACCACUCAGCUGCCUGCUACUGUCACUCAGGUCUACCUCCAGAUCCUCACCGCCUUCCUCAGCAAGGUAUCGGGAGGCAGGCCGGAGGACGAGGCCACGCCCCCUAUACAGAGGGAUCAGGUGGAGCUAAAAGAGGUAUGUCAGCUAGCCAUGGAGGGGCUGGACGGCAGCAGGAUUGUGUUCUCCACCAAUAGCGUCUCGCCACACCUGCUGGAAUUCGCCACUAGAGCGGGGUUCCUGUCCCAGUUCCAGCUGACGCAUGACGACGGGUCCCAGGGGGUGGGGUGUGCUUUUUCCCACCUGGCCAUGCAGGAGUUCCUGGGCGCGUUGCACCUCAUGACCAGCCAGAGCGUGGAGGAGCCCCAGCUCAGGAGCAAUCUCAAUCUGAAGUCCCGCUGGACGGCCCGCACCGACCCCAAGACCGUCUUCACCGACACCCUCCAACUGUUCGUGUGCGGGCUGGCCGCUCCCGCCUGCGCCCCUUCCCUGGUCCAGCUGAUGGGGGGCGGGGACGGGGCCAAGGGGCGGGUGGAGAAGCGGCGGGGCGCGGUGCUGAGGAUCCUGCGGGGCUUCGCGGGGAACCCCCACCUGACGGGGCCCAAGCUGGUGGAGCUGUGCUGCUGCGCCCUGGAGACGCAGGACGUCCCCCUGGCCAGGGCGGUGGCGGCCAGGCCCGGCUUCGAGUUGCGCAACAUCCGCCUGGCCCCCCCCGACAUGGACGCCCUGGCCUUCGUGGUGUCGGCCGCGGCGGCGCCCGUGGGCCUGGACUUCGCCGGGUGCUCCAUGGAGACGGAGUGCCUGCAGGCCCUGCCCAGCUGCCCGAGCAUCGACUACCUCAUUUUUCGUAGCAGGAAGUAUGGCGACGCGUUUGCAGAAGUGCUUUCUGGCGUCCUUCCCGGACUACCUGCCCUGAGAAAGCUUGAAUUGAUAUGUGGACGUCUGACGGAGGUUGGAGCUGCUAAAUUGACCACUGCUCUGGAGAGCUGCCCAGAGAUCAGUGAACUCAACCUCAGCGAUAAUCACCUCAGAGACGACGGCCUCAGGAAAGUGGCAGACAAGUUCCCCAAGCUGACGUCCCUUCGUUCGGUCUCAUUGGGGAAGAAUAGUUGCAGUCUGGAUGGAAUCCUCACCCUCCUUGAGAAGAUGGCGGCUUACCCCACUAUUCAGGCCAUACACACUGAUGGCCAGAAGGACUUCAGUGAAAUCAGAGUGUUAUUUUCUCAGCGAUCCAAGUCUUUAAGUGCUCAGGCAGAUCACUGUGGCUCGACCCCUACUGGACGCACUGUCAGGCUUCUGAACUGCGGCUUUACAGCUGAAAAGAUGAAUCAGCUUUGUCAGAUCCUGACAAAAUGUCCUGGCAUGUCUGCCAUUGAUUUGAGCGGAAGCACAGUGUCGCUGGACGGGCUGGAGAUUCUGACUCGGACUCUGGCUGUGCGUCCCGACGUGAGCGAGAUGGACGUCAGGCUUCAGGAGCCAACAAAGAUAUCUGUUCUGUACUCACCAGAGACACAGAGACACACACCUGGUACGGUGACAGUCAAGAAAACUGAAAAAAGACUUCGCCUGGUGUCCUGUGGACUUCGCCCUCCUGACCUAACCAGGUUGUGUGAGGCCCUGAGGGAGUGCACUGCACUAACUCUGUUGGAUGUGUCUGGCAAUGCACUUGGGGACAAGGGACUGAAGACACUAGUAGAUUUCAUUCCUCAACUGAGCGUGAUCCAGGAAAUAAAUGUCAGCGAGAAUGCAGUGACCAUGGAGGGGGUCCUAUACCUGGCGGGCACCCUCUGUACAUGUUUAACAUUACAGAAGGUGGAGGUUAGUCAUGGGGGUAAGAAAUGUCUGGUGAUGAAGUUUCGCUCCAGUGUAAGGAGGAAGUCUGGGGAGCGGCCAGAUGUCCCACACCCACAGCAGAACGGGAUACACCUGUCUAAGAAAUUCAGCCUCACUCACAGCGAUGUCCAGCCUUCCAGAAUCGACAGGCUCUGUGGGAAGUUGUCACACUGUCCAGAACAACUGGAGCUCAAUUUUUCCCACAGCUCCCUGAGUGAUGUGUCCAUCGAGAAGCUUCUGCAGCGACUGCCGCACAUGGCUACUCUGCAGCUGCUGCAAUUAAAUCAUGUCCAGAUGUCUACAGAGGGUGCCUUGCUAUUAGUCAGAUCACUGAUUGACUGCCAACGCGUCAAGGCAGUGGAACUCCGGUCGCAGGGAGAAGCCUGCAUCAAGUUUCAACAAAUAAAAGCAGAAGAGGUGGCAUGCAAACUGACGCAGUACCAGCUGACCUGUGGAAAUGUGGAGAAGCUGUCUGGUAUCCUGCAACAGUGCCCCCGAAUCUCAGACCUGGACUCUAAGGCAGGCAGCAGCUGUUCCUGGAGAUCUACAGUCCUUCUGUCUGGUAACCUGCUGAGAGACGAAGGCGUGCGGUGCUUUGUGGAGUUCUUACCCAAGCUACAGAUCUCCAACUCUGUGAAGCUCAAUGACAACAGACUGACCCAGACUGGGGCUCUCUGCUUGGCGAACUCCAUAACCAUAUGCAAGCGUGUCAUGGCAGUGGAAGUGAGCCUAGGGUUGGAGAUGAAGUCUCUCAUUCGGUUUAUACAGGACAACGACAGUGGCAAAGCACUCAGUCUCCGAGAGUGUUGCUUUGGAACUGCCCACCUUCAGAAAUUGGCUGAUAUUCUCCAAAACUGCCCCCAUCUGCACAGAUUGGAGUUGUGUUGUAACACACUGCCGAAUGAGGGGUUCCAGAUUCUGCAGAGAGCUCUGAGCGGACUUCCCUCUCUGCAGCUUCUGGGGAUUAGGAAGAAUGGGCUGAGUGCUCAGGUGAUCAAGGAACUGCUGAAGGAACUGGGCAGCCUUACCAACCACCUGGAAAUCAGAAUCGAGGAGCCCUGGAUCAAAGAGGAAGCAGCGGUCCAGCUGGUGUCCAGCUGCCUGGACCUGAAUUCCAGCAUAACCAAGAUCAGAGUCUAUAAAACAACUGUCAGCAUCACGCUGGAAAAAGAGGACACCAUGACAACGCCGCUCCCUUCCCGAGAUAACUCCAUGAAGGCAACUUCAACUUUGUCUCCUGUGAAAUCCAUUGGCCUAGUUGACUGUGAUCUUCAAGGUCAUCACCUCCAGUUUCUACAAGCCAUCAGCCAAAACUGCCCAGUACUGCAGGAGCUAGAUUUGUCCAACAAUAGCAUGAGUAGGGAAGGGGCAGAGUUUCUUUCCGCCACCCUCCCAAGUUUGCCCGAUCUCAGGAGACUCAGGUUAGGGUCGAAACAGACUUCUGAGGAUGGAGUAGAGAUUCUCACACAGGGCCUGUCCCACUGUCACAGCAUAGAGAGCCUGAGCUUGGCUCAUCAUGUGAUCAGCGACAGGGGUGCCGCUACCCUGAGCAGGAUGCUGCCCAGACUUCAGAACCUCAGAGCCAUCGAUCUGUCCUACUGCUCCGUCCUCACCACUGUGGGAUCACACGACCUGCUCCACGGUCUGCGCUUGUGCGCCGCCCUGGAGGACAUCAGCCUGGACUCAGUUCAGCUGGAUGCUGAGGGGAUCUCUCUCCUGGCUGCUGGACUCCAGCACAUGGCUUCUGUCAGGAGACUGAUAUUGAACAAGAUCGCCAUGACGACAGGCAGCUCAGAGCAAGGGGGUGAGGCCAUAAUGGUUCUGCUGAGGUCUCUGGAGGGGUUCCACAGGAUGGAGGAGAUUGAACUGGAUGAGAUUUGGAUGGGUGACCAUGGGGUCCAGGAGCUGGUCAGACACCUCCGAACUUGGCUAAGGCUCAGGAGGAUCAGCCUGUCAAAGAACUUUGUGAGUGAUACAGGAGGAGAGCUGCUUGUGGAGACCCUGGGCCACUGUACCACACUGGAGGAAAUCAUUCUUUCCAGAAACAGCCUUGGGGUUCUGAGUGCAGCCAAACUGGGUCAGGUUCUCCCUGUGCUUCCUCAGCUCAGAGUUCUGGACCUGUCAGAGAACCACUUUGGGGCAGAAGGAGCUGUGAAACUAUCAGAGUCUCUGGUCCAGAUGAAAUCUUUACAGAAACUCAAGCUGAUCUCCAUUGGGACCCAGGAGCUUACCGGUUUGGCUGCCUCGCUGAGACACUGCGUCUGUGCAGAGGAAGUCAGUCUGGCCUGGAAUGGCUGUGAUGACUCGGUGGCCUUGAAAUUAGCAGAGGUCCUGCCUCAGUGUCAGAAGCUGAAAUGUCUGGAUUUGGAGUGCAAUAAGAUUAGCUUAGCGGGAGCUGAGGAACUGGCUAAAAGCUUACGAUCCUGCCCGUCUGUUGAAGUUAUCAGACUCUGGAAAAACCACAUCGGCAGUGAAGCUGCUGAACGUCUGGGGACCAAGGAGCCGAGACUGAACUUCUCCUCCACCUAGGCUGCAGCCUGCUGAGGCCCACACAAAGAAGACGCUCAUUAAACCCAGAGGAACUCUGCAGUGAGGGACACACUACCUGCAGAUCGGCAGCUGUGCGCUUAGCACGCUUGCGUUUGAGUGCAGUCCUUCAGUAAAGCAAUGGCCGGAGUUUGCAAAUCGGCACUACGUCGGUCCACUGGUGGACUGUUCAGAAGCUGUGGAGAUGAGGACCAACUGUGAAGUGAAGGCAAAAUGGGUGGUGAAUGGUCCUGCCACCGGUGGUCUGCCGUAAUGCCGAUUUUCAGACCACUGACGCGCCAACAUCAGUUCCCUUGGCAGUCAGACAGGUCCUUGCUUGCUGGAGAAGGUAAGAUUGGGAGAGGUAUGAUAAGAAGCACUAUUUUGCUUCCUUGUAACAAGGGAACAAAGGAGACAUUGACUUCUAACAAUGGAACAUCCCCUGAAAAUGCAAUAUAAAUUGAAAUAAAAUGUGGGCCUCCAAAACAGACAGUUAGGUGGUUAAUAUAGCAGAAGCAGGCAAAGCUGUUGUUUUCCUUCUGACAUUUCUUUUUAAUCCUUACCCCCCACCCUUUCCCUUUCUUUCUGCCGUUAUUUAUGAUGAAACAACAUCCUCAUAUUGACAUACAGGAUAAUGACCAGUGUUGCCAACUCUUAUGGAUAGUCUCCAGAUCUACCUGUAUAGUACACUGUUCCAAAGUUGUCAAAGCAAGACGUAAAACUAAUGCUGGGGCAUUAAGAUUAGAUAUUUUUAUAUCUCGAGUUCUGUAUAGUAAAAUUCUAAUCAAUGUCUGAUGCAUUUUUUUUCCACUUGUUUUCACCUAAUUUUGUUAACCCUGGAGACAAAUCCAUUGAAGUGGCAAUACUGUAAUGGCUGCUGCCUGAUGAAGUCUCAUCUACACAGAUGCAUAAGGACUGAGCAGGCCCCUUUGAGUGACAAUACUAUUGUCACUCGAAGCCAUAAUCCAUUUCUCUGACUGCUUCUUUUGUGUUUCCUUCUGUGCCUGUUGUUUUUGUUCAUUCUUUGUAUUUUUUAAAAUAACUGUAAGCAUUCUACAUUCUGGAAUGCUGUAUGCUGUGCCAAUUGCAAUGCAAUAAUAAAUUCCAAAUAUUGCUUGA